CGACACGACGGCCACCACGCACCCAACUUCUCCAGCCACAGCUCAUGCCGCCGUCGCCAGCGGCGCCGACAUGACAAGGCGCUGCAUGCUCGCUAGGCCAGGUUUCCCCUCAUCCCCAGCCCCAGGGUCGUCGCCCCCGCGCUGCCAUCUGAGACCCGGUAGUACCGCCCCUGCUGCAGCGGGAAAGAGAACAGAGAGUCCUGGGGACAGGAAACAAUCAAUUGUGGAUUUCUUCAAACCAGCUUCAAAACAAGACAGACAUAUGUUGGAUUCGCCACAAAAAUCAAAUACCAAGUAUGGUGGAAGUAGAUUGUCCAUCACUGGGACAGAGCAAUUUGAAAGAAAACCUUCCUCACCAAAAAAAUCUAAACAUAAAAGGAUGCCUUCAGAAAAGAGCCCCAUUAUAGAAGCUUUCAUGAAACGAGUUAAAGAACACCAUAAAGAUCAUGGUGUUCAUGAGUCACGUCGCCCUUGUGUGUCACUAGCCUCCAAAUAUUUAUCCAAAGGAACAAAUUAUGUUCCCUCAUACCACUUGUCAAAAGAGAUGAAGUCACUGAAGAAAAAACAUCGAUCUCCAGAGAGUAGGAAGUCACUGCUUAUUCAUGAAAAUAGUAGGGAGAAGAAUGAUAGUGAUCAAGACAAGACCAAUGCAGACUCCAAAAAGCAGGUGAUAGUGACAGAAGCCGACAUCUUCAGGAACAGCUCCAGAAGUCUUAGCAGCAGGAGCAGCCUAUCCAGGCACCAGCCAGGAGAAGGCCCACUGGGAGCAAAGUUCCAGCUGUCACUAGCUUCUUACUGUAGAGAACGAGAACUAAAGAAGUUAAGAAAGGAGCAAAUGGAACAGAGAAUCAACUCAGAAAAUUCAUUCUCAGAAGCAAGCAAUCUUUCUUUAAAGCCUUCUAGUAUAGGAAGAAAAUGUAAACCAAGGCAGGAACAUAGUGAACAGAAUGAUGUCUUACCUGGAAAGAGGUCUUUCAAACCUGUUGAAAAUAGACAUUUCUCAAGAAAAAGAACCUCUUCUGAUUCAUGGGAACCUACUUCAGGCUCUAAGAAUAAAUUCCUUGACAAAAGAAAAAGGAACUCUGUGGACUCAGAUCUGAAAAGCGCAAGGGAAUCUUUGAUACAAAAACCAAGAGAGUCCUUUCUUGAGAAGCGUCCCGAUGAACCACAUCAGAGAGAAAAAUUUAUAAAACAUAUUGCACUAAAGACACCAGGUGAUGUAUUACGCUUGGAAGAUAUAUCCAAGGAAUCAAAUGAUGAAACUGAUCACUCCUCUGCAGGCUUGGCACCUUCAAAUUCUGGCCACCAUUCUUCCAGGAGCAAUGACCAAAUCCGAGUGGCAAGUACCAAAGAGACUAAGACUCAGAAAUCCCACUUAUCUUUACCUCAGGAAAAAUCUGCAAUUAAAAAAGCUAGCAACCUUCAGAAAAAUAAAACUGCUAGCUCUGUGACAACGAAGGAGACAAAACUACUCCCUUUACUUUCUCAUGUUCCAAGUGCUGGUUCCUCUCGGGUACCAUUAAAUGCUAAAAAUUGCACUCUACCAGUUCCUAAAAAAGAUAAAGAGCGUUCCUCACCUAAAGAAUUUUCUGAGCAUUCUACAGAAUCCUCUAAACAUAAGGAACACCAAGCGAAGACUAAUCAGGCUGAUUCUAAUGUAUCUUCAGGGAAAAUGUCUGGGGGAUCUUUGUGCUCAGGAUAUGGCACUCCUACAAAGUCUCCCCCAGCUGCUUUGGAAGCUGUGCCAUGUAUCCCAAGCCCUACAGCACCUUCAGAUAAAGCCCCGUCAGAUAAAGAUAGCUCAGAAAAUUUCAAUGCAGGUAGCAGUGCACUGAAAAGAAAACUAAGGGGUGAUUUUGAUAGUGAUGAAGAAAGUUUAGGUUACAACCUAGACAGUGAUGAGGAAGAGGAAACAUUAAAAUCACUGGAAGAAAUAAUGGCUUUGAACUUCAAUCCGACUCCCGGAACUACAGGAAAGCCUCCUGCUCUUUCCAAGGGCCUUAGAUCUCAGUCAUCAGAAUACACAAAACACAUUCCUAGUGGAACUUACACGAAUACUUUAGAGCGUCUAGUGAAGGAGAUGGAAGACACGCAAAGGCUAGAUGAACUGCAGAAGCAACUGCAAGAAGACAUAAGGCAGGGCCGAGGCAUUAAAUCCCCAAUCCGAGUCGGAGAUCACGAUAGCACAGAUGAGGAGGACAACCUCUUAGAGGAGCACAGGGAAUUUCUAAAGAAAUUUUCAGUUACAGUUGAUGCUAUUCCUGAUCACCAUCCAGGUGAAGAAAUAUUUAAUCUUCUCAAUUCGGGAAAAAUUUUCAAUCAGUAUACCUUGGAUUUAAGAGACUCUGGUUUCGUUGGACAAAGUGCUGUAGAAAGGCUAAUUCUUAAAUCAGGAAAAACAGAUCAGAUUUUUUUGACAACACAAGGCUUUCUUACCUCUGCUUAUCACUACGUCCAGUGUCCUAUACCUGUGUUGAAGUGGCUGUUUCGGAUGAUGUCGGUUCAUACAGACUGUAUUGUGUCAGUGCAGAUUUUAAGUACUUUGAUGGAAAUAACAAUUAGAAAUGAUACCUUCAGUGACUCACCAGUUUGGCCUUGGAUCCCAUCACUGUCUGAUAUUGCAGCUGUGUUUUUCAACAUGGGGAUUGAUUUUAGAUCCUUGUUUCCAUUGGAGAAUCUUCAGCCAGAUUUUAAUGAAGACGACCUAAUUUCUGAAGCACAGACAACACUGGGAGAAAAAAAAUGUGAAGAUGCAUCUUAUAAGCCAAUUUUUUCAUCUCUUCCUGAAACCAACAUUUUAAAUGUGGUUAAGUUUCUAGGUUUGUGUACAUCCAUACAUCCAGAAGGUUACCAAGAUGGUGAAAUAAUGUUGCUGAUUUUAAUGUUGUUUAAAAUGAGUUUGGAAAAACAGCUGAAACAGAUUCCUCUAGUAGACUUUCAGAGUCUCCUGAUAAACCUGAUGAAAAACAUCAGAGAUUGGAACACAAAGGUGCCUGAACUCUCCCUGGGCAUCAAUGAACUCUCCAGGCAUCCCCACAACCUUCUGUGGUUGGUACAGCUGGUUCCUAACUGGACAUCUCGUGGAAGGCAACUGAGACAGUGCCUCAGUCUAGUGAUUAUUUCAAAGCUUCUGGAUGAGAAACAUGAAGAUGUCCCUAAUGCCAGUAAUCUGCAGAUAUCAGUCCUACAUCGCUAUCUUGUGCAAAUGAAGCCUUCUGAUUUGUUAAAGAAAAUGGUCUUGAAGAAAAAAGCUGAACAACCGAAUGGCACUAUUGAUGACAGUCUUCAUUUAGAACUUGAAAAGCAGGCGUAUUACCUGACCUACAUUCUUCUUCAUUUAGUUGGAGAAGUUAGUUGUUCUCAUUCUUUUUCUUCUGGACAACGGAAACACUUCGUACUACUCUGUGGAGCCUUGGAAAAGCAUGUUAAGUGUGAUAUAAGGGAAGAUGCAAGACUUUUCUACAGAACUAAGGUAAAAGACUUGGUUGCCAGGAUACAUGGGAAAUGGCAGGAGAUCAUUCAGAGCUGUCGGCCUACUCAGGGGCAGCUUCAUGACUUCUGGGUCCCAGAUUCUUAACAGGAGUUACAGCAGCGAAAAUAGGAAACGAGCGAAAUUUGAUAAGAGUCUUUCCUGGAGGGGUAGAAAAGAUUACUGCAGAAUCCAGUGGGAUGCUAAGAAAGUGUCCAGCAAAUGUGCCACUUGAUUACCUAGUCUGAAGCUGGUAAUGAAGAAACUGCCCUUCCUGAAGCAGAUAUGAAACCUGAUCUGCUUAAUUGUUAAGGCAACUGACCUUUUAAAAGAACAAGAGUCCUAU